UGUUCCGGGUCAGAAACUGGAAUGAGAGGAAAUUAACUCUAGAGCGAGAAAAACACGAAAUCGGAACCGACCAAAACCGAGAUGUAAGCGUCGGUCAGUGAAAAUAAAGGCCAAACUAUUCAACAUUCCAACGACUGGGAAGAUUUGAAAAUCGGAUAGAAGCCAGCGUGAGGAUAAAAAGUAUUUGAAGUGUGAGAGCACGACCAGCGGUUUUAUUCCAUGUUACUCUUUGCAGUUUAUUUAUGCCCUGAGAGGUGGUUUGCGCGUUUGUUCGCUGUUAAAAGUCGCACGAAGAGACGCUGCUGUAGCUGAUACUGUGCGCGGAAACUUGGGAGUUCUUUUCUUUUGGAUUCUCCAUUUAUUUUGUGUAGUUGUGGGGGGAUUUUCGAAGAACGGAGUUUAUAGCAACCCGUGAUGUUUCACUGUAUUCCCUUGUGGCGGUGUAACCGUCACAUUGAAACGAUCGAUAAACGCCACUGUUCUCUAGCGUACGUCCCAGAAGAAAUCUAUCGCUACACUCGCAGUUUGGAGGAGCUUCUGCUUGACGCGAACCAGCUACGGGACCUGCCUAAGCCAUUGUUUCAGCUUGUGAAGCUAAGAAAACUGGGCCUGAGUGAUAAUGAGAUCCAGAGGCUUCCUCCAGAGAUUGCUAACUUCAUGCAGCUUGUAGAACUGGACGUCUCCCGGAAUGACAUUAUGGAAAUCCCUGAAAGUAUUUCCUACUGUAAAGCUCUCCAAGUAGCAGAUUUUAGUGGAAACCCACUGACAAGGUUGCCCGAGACCUUCCCUGAGCUGCGAAACCUAACAUGCCUUUCCAUCAACGAUAUAUCGUUGCAGGCCCUUCCGGAAAACAUUGGAAAUCUUGCUAACCUGAUAUCACUGGAACUCCGAGAGAAUCUGCUGACAUAUUUACCUGAGUCCCUCGCUCAGCUGAACAGACUGGAGGAGCUGGACGUAGGGAACAAUGAGCUCUAUAGUCUGCCCGAAACAAUAGGCUGUCUCGUCAGCCUAAAGGACUUGUGGCUGGAUGGAAACCAACUGGCAGACAUACCCGCGGAGAUGGGCAGCAUGAAGAGUCUGCUCUGCCUGGAUGUGUCCGAGAACAAACUGGAGCACCUCCCCGAGGAGAUCGGAGGCCUCACCUCGCUCACAGACCUGCUGGUGUCCCAGAACCUCAUCGACUCCCUGCCAGAGGGCAUAGGGAAACUGAGGCGGCUUUCCAUCCUCAAAGCGGAUCAGAACCGACUGCUGCAGCUGCCGGAGAGCAUCGGGAACUGCGAGAGCCUCACGGAGCUGGUGCUGACGGAGAACCAGCUGCUGAGCUUGCCAAGGAGCAUUGGAAAACUGAAGAAGUUGUCGAACUUAAACUGCGAUCGGAACAGACUAACAUCUUUACCAAAAGAGAUCGGGGGCUGCUGUGGUCUGAACGUCUUCUGCGUUCGAGAGAACCGCCUGACGCGGAUUCCCGCCGAGAUUUCUCAAGCCACGGAGCUGCACGUCUUCGACGUCUCCGGAAACCGGCUGAUGUACCUCCCCAUGUCCUUAACCUCGCUGCGGCUCAAGGCCCUCUGGCUAUCGGAGAACCAGUCCCAGCCGCUGCUUACGUUCCAGACGGAUGUGGACCCCGAGUCGGGGGAGAAGGUGCUCACCUGCGUCCUGCUCCCUCAGCAGCUUUCUGAGCCAGAGGAGCAAGGCUUGGAUAACCUUGCCCGCUGUGGUGCUCUGGAGAGCUUGGUCAACGACACGGCAGACGACACCUGGGACGACCAAGCUGCCAAUCGUAUCAGCGUCAUCCGCUUCCUGGAGGAAGACGACGACAAUGACGAUGAAAUGGGAAAGCUACUGCGGCGAGCAACUCCACACCCCGGCGAGCUGAAGUCCAUGAAGAAGGCGGCCGAGAACCUUCGCAACGACAUGAACGCUGCCAAAGCCCUGGACUCCAACAAGAACGAGGUCAAUAACACUGUGACCACGUCUGUGUGAGACUCUUACCUCAGAAACAUUUUACCUCCUGUGUCUCUCCACUACCACCACCACCACUACCACCCAACAGCCCCCACCCCCGCCCCCCGCCCAUCCUGUCCUCGCACCCCGGCCCGCUCCAGUCUGUCCGCGACCUCGGCCCGGCCCCUCGUGUCCGACCCCCAGCUUCAUCUCCAAACCCUCACCAGCUCCCGCGGCUAGAUCGCAGGAAUCGGCGUGCCUUCUGCUCAUCUCGUUUCCACGGCAAUAAUCUGCACAGGUCUGCUCCUUUAAAAAAAAAAAAAAAAAAAAAAUCUAAAUAAAUUCCAAUGCUUUUAUAAAAAGAAUUUUAAGAUAAAAAUAGGUAGUUGCACUAUUGUAAGUCUAGAAUAUAUCACAACUGUUGAAAAUCUAUAUAAAUAGUUUUAUUUUUGUUUGUUUUUUUCUUUUUUUUCCUUUUUUUUAGCACUGGGUGAAUCAUUUUUAUUUUUUUUACAUAUUUGGGAUACAAUAUAUUAUACCCAGGAUUUUUUGGACCUACUGAUAGAAUUAUUGUAUAGUUAUGUGAAUAUUGAUACUUUUAUACUUUUUAUGGCAGCUGAGAUGGUGUAAAUUUUUUUAAAAAAUUGUAUAGCGAGUUUCUUAAUCGAUGGCGGAUUUUAAAAUCUCUUUAAAUUUGGUACGUAUUUUAUUUUAAGAAAAUAUAUAAAAAUGGACAAACAUAACUGUCUUCAUAUCACACUUUAUUAUUGUUUAUGAGUAGGCAGCCUCAAAUUUGUAGUCCGUAUCCAGUGUUUUUAAAGAACAUCUCACCUGCUUGGAGUGUAAGGGUGUUGUUCUUUAGUCACUAGUGGCCAACACGGGUAGGAGAGACCUACCUACAUUAAACCUACAGGGCUCAUGCAAAUGGAAUCAGUGCGUGCGAUAGGUCUGUCUAUCUCAAUGCGCACUUCUGUUAAAUGACAAACGACGGCUGCAUUUUUAAAUGUGCUUCAAACUGAAUAUGAGGAACAAGUGACUUCUGUACUGUUGGCUUAACAACCCGGUGAUAUCUUGGGCAACAUGACCAGCUUUUAACAUUUUGAACAAAUGUUGAAUUAAUUUACUCUAAACAUGGCGUUUUUCUAAAAGUGGCGAUCUUUAAAAAUGCAGUUGCUUGAGGGCCGCACAGUGCACUUCUGCAGAGCACUGGACUUUUAAAAUGAAACCGCCUACUGUUCUUAUGGUAUAGUACACUACAACAUUUGUGGAAUUUGUUUGCUCUUAAAUGUUCUGUGAGGAAAAACCAUGGAAAUCAUUUAUUUUUAUUUUUUUUAAUGUUGAUUUAUCUUAAUUAUUUUAUUCAGUGAUCAAGCUGCACAAAAGAAAAAAAAACUAUCAAAUAGGCAUAAACACUUCUGCCCUCAGAUUCUUAUGACUUUUAACCACUGAUACAAUAAAAUGGAUUUAAAAAAACGAAACAAA